CUCCCCACCCCCCAGCAGGAGGACUGGAACCUGGCAGAACAUUUCCCCGCUGCCUCGCUCUCAGGCUCGGGGUAAACAAGGAAGCGGCAGCUCUGCAGCUCCCCUCCCUUACGGAUCCCCCCGCCUCGACUUCCCUGCAGGAUGAGGCUUCAGUCCCUGGCGUGCCUCUUCCUCGCCUGCCUCUUUGUUGCGCCCACUGAGGCUGGGACAUUUUUAUCUCAGCACCAUGCCUCAGCGUUCCUGGUCAGAAAACGUCGGGCAAAUUCCUUUAUGGAAGAGAGCAAAAAGGGAAAUUUGGAACGGGAGUGCAUUGAAGAAUUGUGCAAUAAGGAAGAAGCCAGAGAAGUAUUUGAAAAUAACCCUGAAACGGAAUAUUUCUAUCCUAGAUAUUUAGACUGCCUGGCCUCUCACCGAGCAGGACUUUUCAGGACACCUCUAGUGACUUCAGAUGUUCCAGUGGAUCUGAGGUCAUGUGUGAAGGUAAUUUCAGAUCAAUGUAAUCCUCUACCGUGCAAUGAAGAUGGUUCUAAAGAGUGCAGAGAUGGCCAAGCCACGUUUACCUGCAUCUGUAAGCCAGGAUGGCAAGGACAGUGGUGUGAAGAAGAUGUAAAUGAAUGCGAAGAUUCAAUAAAUAGAAAUGGAGGGUGCAGUCAAAUCUGUAUUAAUUUUCCUGGAAGUUUUCGCUGUUCCUGUGAAGAUGGUUACUUUAUGCUUCCAAAUAAACUGAGCUGCAGGGACAGGGACGAAUGCAUGUUAAACUUGAACAUUUGUGGGACAGCACAAUGCAAGAAUACUCCUGGGAAGUAUGAAUGUGAAUGUGCAGAAGGCUAUGCCUAUAAUUCGAAUACAAAGAAAUGUGAAGAUGUGGAUGAAUGUGCUGAAAACAUUUGCUCUCAAAUGUGUAUCAAUUCUCCAGGAAGCUACACAUGCUAUUGUGAUGGCAAGAAAGGCUUCAGGCUUGUUCAGGAUAUGAAAACUUGUGAGCCUGUACAAGAUUGUCUCACACUGAAUCUUGAAACAAAUUAUGAAUUGCUUUACCUGGCAGAGCAAUUUAUAGGGAUUCCUGUUUUGUAUUUAAGGUUUAGACUGCCAGACAUUACAAGAUUUUCAGCUGAAUUCGAUUUUCGGACCUAUGAUAAUGAAGGUGUUAUAUUGUAUGCUGAAUCUCCUGACUACAAAGCAUGGAUUUUGCUUGCUCUCCGUGAUGGGAAGAUUGAAAUUCAGUUCAAGAAUGAAAUGGUAACCAAAGUAACAACUGGUGGCAAAGCCAUUAAUGAUGGCUUGUGGCAUAUAAUCUCAGUGGAGGAACUAGAUCACAGCAUCACUGUCAAAAUAGCCAAAGAAGCAGUGAUGAGUAUUAACAGCCCAAGAAAUCUUUUCAAGCCAUCCAAUGGCUUUCUGGAGACAAAGGUGUACAUUGCAGGUCUGCCUCGCAAAGUGGACAACACUCUAAUUAAAGCGAUUAAUCCCCGCCUAGAUGGAUGCAUUCGUGCCUGGAACCUGAUGAAUCAGGGAAAUUCUGGUGUGAAAGAAGUCAUUCAAGAAAAACAAAGUAAACACUGUUUAGUAAAUGUUGGAAAGGGGUCUUAUUACCCUGGUACAGGAGUGGCAAAGUUUCAAGUCAGCUACAAUAACAGCCUCAGCGAUACAGAAGAUUGGUUGAUAAAUGUCACCCUGGCCAUCCGUCCAUCCACAAGCACUGGUGUGAUGUUCGCAUUGGUAUCUGGAGAAACGGUUCCUCUUGCUUUAUCAAUAGCAGAGUCCAACUCAUCCAACUCUCAGGAAAUAAUUGUGUCUAUUGAGAAGUCCAUUGUUGCCCGUUUGGAGUCAAAGAGCUUGUGCACCUGGAAAAGAGUGCAGGUGGGACUCAGAGUGAGCAGACAGCUGCUUGAACUUACAGCUGAUUCACAUUCAGAUGUCACAUACUUAGAUCAACAGUUUGCUGUCUUGGACCAAGCAAUGAGUGGACCCAUGGAUACGUACCUAGGUGGCAUUCCUGAUGUUCCAAUUGAUGCAACCCCAAUAACCCUUUUUUAUAAUGGCUGCAUGGAGGUGAAGAUCAACGAUAAGCAUCUGGAUCUGGAUGAAGCCAUUUUCAAAAAGAAUGACAUCAGAUCUCAUUCAUGUCCACUGAUUAUGGAGGAAGUACAGAAUUCUGAAGUUGAUGAUGUCUUGUAAGAGAAUCCAUAUCGUUUUGUACAAAACAGAUAAAGGUGGAAAAUGAACUGGAAAGAUUCUCCUUUUUAAUGGUGUAUUUUGUGAACAAAAAAAAAUUGCAUCCUUUUCCGAUAAAAAAGGGACAGUAUCAAGAUUAAUAUUUCAUCAAAUAAUCUGUGUCAUAACAUUUUAGUGGCAUAGCCUACCUGUCAACAUGUAUACAGAUCAUAUUUUGAAUUUUAUUUAAACUAAAGCCAGAGAACACCAGUCUAGUUGCAAUAUGAUACCUUGUUUCUGAAAUAUGGCAAUUGGCACUGAACAGACUGAAUUUUUUUGGUUUAACUUCUAAAAAUAAUUUUAUAUCCAGAACCCAAAAUAUUCUGUUCGUAUGGAAAAGAGCUUAAAGUUACAUAUCUGAUGGUGAUACAUCAAGACAUACACAAGCAGAUAAUGUAAUAAUGUUAUGUAAUCAUUUUUAUUACAUGGGUCCAAACUCUUUCCCAUAGUAGAAAUACUGAUAGCACCCAAGAUCAACCUUAUACCUUAUAUCAAAUACUUACAAUAAAAAAGUAGAUGUUCUGUUUAUAUAACACUCUAAGCCAAAAGAUUGUGUUGUGUGAAGCAUUUUAAAUAAUACAUGUACAGCAAAAUGUGACGAAAGGGAUAUAUUUAAUAUCAGAAAGGAUGAAAGCCUAGAUUCACAUAAGGCCUGUUCCUCUCUUCAGAUGAAGGAUUCCAGUACUGUAGUAAUGAGAAUGACUUGCACCUGAAUUGGUAUACCAUCCUAUCAUUAUCAACAAGAUGCAUUAUGGUGCCGUGUGAGAGCCCAUUUAUGUUUCCUCACACCAUAGCAUACAUUUUCAUUGGCUGAAUGAGAAUUCUAUUCUCAUUUCUAAAUGGUAAACUUAGAUAUUGCUUGAAACCAGCACACUGUAGCCAGAUGAUAAUGAACCAUAAGGCCAGCAUAAAUGUAUAAGGUUAUUAUUGGUGAUUAAAGAACUGUGUGCAUCAAUGAGCUCUACUGACAUUGAUAGGACUUCAAAGUAAUUGCAUUUAGGAUUGUGGUAUUGGUGCAUCAGAAUCUAAUGACCUGGCACCUUAAUCCCAAGGCUCCAAUUACUUGAAAAGAUGUCUAUAACAGAACUUGGUGGCCUGAAACCAUGCUUAGGACUUCAGAUUUAGUUUUAGGGUACAAUUCUAAAGAUAAUUUCCUGAAAGUUAGCCCCACUGAAUAAAAUGGGACUUACUUCUGAAUAGUCCUUUUUAGGACUGCUCCCUUAGUCAGCAGAAAAUGAGCAUUCUAAAGACAGGACCAAAACAUACAAGGUGCUGGGAAAUUCAUGGUCAGAUUUUCACAAUGACUUUUUAGCAAAACUUGACACACAGGGACCCAGUUUGGAUCAGGACUAUGCCAGGAUGGAAAACAGUUUAAUCUUUGCACCCCACCCUGCAUAAUUUCACAAAUUGAAACAAGGUUAUUCACACGUCUAUAGUCCUUUAAAUAAAGAUUGGCACCCAUUUUUUUUUAACAGGCGAGCAACAAUGGGGACUUGAUUAUCAAAAGUAUACUAAAGUAGAAGGAUUAACACACACACACACACACACACACACACACACACACAGAGUCUGUGUGGCUCAAAUACAAGCUACAGCCCUAUAUAAGUAAAUAAAUGACUGGUGAAGAUCUAUAAUUUCUUUCAGGUCUUGUUUAAUCUCAGAGGUAAAUCUCUAGCCAUAAAUACCGUGAUUUUAAAAAUUCAUGAAAACCCACAGAAGCUUUUGAAAUUUUUGGGUCCCAUCCUUAUGUGAAUAAAGGAGUAAGUUACAUGUAGAAAUACUCAUUUUCUGCUGUUUAGCCUUCAUUCCACAAGUUUGCUGUGCCAAAUAGUGGGGGGAGGGGGUUGUGUGUUUCUCUGUGUGUGUGUUUUUAAGUUUGAAGUGACUUGGCAGAUGAAUGCUGUGAGCUCCUGGGAGAAAACUAAACAGAAAGUGGAAAUGUAGAUUGCUAGCAUAUGCUUAUUUAGAUCUUCUGGAUUGUCGCCACUGUUUCUUGAUAUAGAUGCUGUAAGAGUACGUAUGGCAAACCUGUGCCAGGAGCAGAGGCUAAACACUGCUCGUUUUGUUUUUUUGUUUUUCCAAAGCCAAGGAGGGAUAAGGAAUUCUUAUAUAUAAAAACACAUCAAAAUAAGUUGUGUCCCAUACUUUUAAUUGGUUUCUAUUUUGUUUCCUAUAUUGAUAUUGUAAUGCACUCUAACAAAAUAAAAUAAACAAAAAUCUAUGCAUA